AUGCUUACCAAUGGAGGAUGUGGCCAAUACAGAUCGAGCCAAUUCAAAGACGGGGAUUUGAACCCAGAAGAACCAUCUCCAUUUCUAUUUAGCAAACCAAUGACCUUGCUCUUCUUCCAAUCCACCUACCCAAUACCAAAGAAAGUUCUUCCGUUAGGCUCUAUAAGCCCGAAGCGAAGAUAUAAAGCUUUACGAAUAGAUCCGCGGAAAGUAAUUAAUUCAAGAAAGCCUGUGCAAUCUCUAAUUCAGAUAGAUUGUCCCUUCUUUCUUUGCGGUUUUCUUUGUUCUGCCCCCACCCCAGGUCGAGGUAUACCUUUUGCCCUAGCUAGAUUCCAUUCAAAGGCAGAUGCUGCCCUCCUCACUGAAUAA